AGCUAGCUCCUGAUGCCUAUAUAUAUACCUUCAUGCUGCUUCAAGUCAAGGGCUAUACCCCCGAAACCUACUGAUCUCUGAUCUCUCAUCACUACACCAGUAACUCCUGCUGCACCUUAGGAUCUACUCAUGCCAAGCUUGAGCCACUGCAGCAGAUCAUCAGAAAUCAUCCUUGAUAAGCACCUUCAUCGGCUCUCAUCAUGUCUAAGAUGAGGAUGUGCAAGGCCCCCGAGCUGCUGAAGAAGGCGGCGACCGUGUUCAAGAGCAAGACUGAAGCCCUAAGGACGAAGCUCGUCGUCCUGGCCUCGCUCCGCCGCAAGAUGGCGGUGGUCCGUGCGAUUUCUCACCGGAUCCAUGCGCUGGUGUCGUCGGGCCGGGAGAAGCAGGCUAGGUUGGAGUACGGAGACGGGGCACUCGUCUUGCGCAAGGUGGCGACAGGGAUCCUCCAGGAGCAAGCUGAUCAUGGACAUGACGAUGGCGUCAUUAAUCUAUCUGUGGUGGCGAUGUUCGAGGAAGAUGAUCAUGGUUACCCUGACUGGACGCACUCACUGUUCAAUGACGACGGUUAUAACGACGACGAGGAUGACGAAUGUCAUGAUGGUAAUGGUGUUCUUGAUGUGCUCGGCGAGCCCUCCGUCAUGGAUGUCAUCAGGAGCAACCGGGAGGUGGAAGGUUUGGAGUUCAACAUGGAUGAUGAGAUUGAUCAAGCUUGUGACAUGUUCAUAAGGAGAUUCCGGAAGCGGAUGAAUAGGAGCUUUUAGUGAUCUUGUUUAAUUUUCUGUAAGAAUGAAAAGAUUGCUGUUGACAAAUGGAGUGACAGUAGGUGGGUGAAAUAUAUACUGUCUCAUUGAGUGACAAUAGUUGUACUACCAGAAAAAAUAAAAAAUAUUAAUUAAGCUGUCGGGGUCUCCUACCUCACCUCACUU